GGAGGAGAUUGUCGUCUCUAACUCACAAUCGGUGAAUCUAUGAACUGGUCAGGUCAUCGGAGGAAAAUGACAACUUAUACAGAUAAAGGUGAAAAGCAUGAGCGGGGCAGGUUCCUCUGCUUUGAUCACUUAACCUUCUGGGUUGGGAAUGCGAAACAGGCAGCUUCAUAUUACUGUAACAAGCUGGGAUUUGAGUCUCUAGCUUACCAGGGUCUGGAGACCGGCAGUCGAGAUGUGGUGUCCCAUGCAGUCAGACAAGGAAAGAUCAUUUAUGUCUUCUCCUCGGCCCUCAAUCCUGGAAACAAAGAGAUGGGGGAUCAUCUGAUAAAGCAUGGGGAUGGAGUGAAGGAUAUUGCAUUUACAGUGCAGGACUGUGACUUCCUUGUGCAGAAAGCCAGAGAGCGUGGUGCAGUGAUUAUAAAAGAGCCCUUCACACUGGAGGACAAGUUUGGCAAUGUCCGGCUAGCUGUGCUUCAAACAUACGGUGACACCACACAUACGUUUGUGGAGAGGACUGGAUACAGCGGCUUAUUCCUGCCAGGCUUCCAACCCCCUCUGUUCAAAGACCCUGUGUUAGCCAAACUGCCAAGUGGAAAGCUGGACUUCAUUGAUCACGUUGUGGGAAAUCAGCCGGAUGAAGAGAUGGUUCCAGUGGUUGAAUGGUAUCAAAAAAAUCUCCUUUUCCAUCGCUUCUGGUCGGUGGAUGAUAAGCAGCUUCAGACAGAGUUCAGUGCUCUGCGCUCCAUCGUUGUGGCAAACUACGAGGAGACAGUGAAGAUGCCCAUCAACGAGCCUGCAAUGGGGAAGAGGAAGUCUCAGAUUCAGGAGUACGUGGAGUACUAUGGAGGUCCCGGAGUGCAGCAUAUCGCCAUGAACACAUCAGACAUCAUCACUGCAAUUCGUAAUCUGAAGGAGCGUGGGAUGGAGUUUAUGUGUGUGCCGGACACCUACUACGAGCAGCUGAGGAGGAACCUGAAAAACUCAAAAGUCAAAGUGACAGAGGAUCUGGAUGUGCUGCAGGAGCUGAAGAUCUUGGUGGACUAUGACGAUAACGGCUAUUUACUUCAGAUCUUCACCAAACCGGUUCAGGAUCGACCUACUGUGUUCUUGGAAGUUAUUCAGAGACACAACCACCAGGGGUUUGGUGCAGGAAACUUCAAGUCUCUUUUCCAGGCCAUUGAAGCAGACCAGCAUGCAAGAGGAAACCUGACUGUGCUGACAACAAAUGGAAUUUCAAAGGACAUGUGAUCGCAUGAUGUGAUAAUAAUGCUUGAGUCCUGUAAAACAAUAAGUUGUCUUACUCCCAUAAACAGACUUCAUUUAUUUUAUAUGAUAGGAGUAAAAUGCUCCACCAGUGCUCUAGAGAUCAUAUGAUAUACUUGAAAAGGAGUUCAAACACCAGGUUUAUCAAAGCUGGUAAUCUUUAAUUUUUUGCAUGUUUUAACAUUGUAACAUUUAAAUUGAUAUGUAUUAAAGAGUACUUCAUUAUAACCUCCCCAGAAGCUCAUUUAACAUAAAAGAGUUUGUAACAGUUAUCAAGAACUUUCACAUUCACAAUGCAAAAGUUUGUAUAAAAUGUUGAAUAGAAAAUCCAUAUGACUGAUACAAGCUUGAUUCAAGCAACACACAAUUACAGCUCUCAAAGAAAUGAAAGGAUGUAACUUUACACGUGUUAUCAUUUGAACAAUGACAGAUCUUAUAUUGUAACUGAGAGCCUCUGUAUUAUGUUAAGAGGGUCCUUUUUUCCUUCCUGUGAGAAGACAGCUGUGAUAUUUGACCCCGUGGUUCCCAUUUUUAAUAAACUGUAAUGUGCAAAUAAAUGUGCUGUUAUUUUCUUUUACCAGAUGAUCAGGAUAUUGUUUUGACAGUGUUUGUAGAUGGCACAUUAUUACUACAAGUUCUUAUUGCAUUGAACAAUUCCAGCUGUUUGGUCCCAUUAUUAAAUCCUCCUUCACAGCAGAAGCAGCACUCGUCUGUUGUGCUCCUGUAAGGUCUCCACACACUUCCUGACUUCAUAUUAAAAUUGAUGUUUUCUUCA